UAAGAGCAUGCAGUACAGCUUGGUACGGCGUCUACGACAAUAGAAGGAGACGGGCUUUGCUGAAACUAUGAAUCCUCUGCGCAACUUGUGUGUUCUGGCCUGCUUUAUGGCCGUGGCCCUGGCCACGAACAGCUAUAAGCAGUCCAACUCGCUGAACAACUACGACGACCCCAGCAACUGGGUCAGCAUCAGCGAGAUCGAGCAGCUGCCCAUGCUCAAGGAUGUGACCCUGCGCCGCCUCGAGGGCCUGACCGUCGAUGAGGGAGCAUCGCUGCUGGACAAAAUGUAUCAUUUGGCUCAGUUCAACCGCAUCUUCAAGCCCGAGUACGUGCCGGAGUCCAGCCAGAUCAAGGGCUACUUCGUCGGCGAGAACGGCCAGAAGAUCGAGUUCAACUUGGACAACUUUGUGCAGACGGCGAAGCGCCAGACGAACUUCGGCAACGACGAGGUGACCAUUUUCAUUGAGGGCCUGCCCCAGUCCUGGAGCCAGGCCAACAAGGCCAACCGCAAGCUGAUCGAGGCCUACGCGCAGCGCUACAACCUGCAGCCCUACCCCAGCCAGCAGGAGGCGGAUGAGCAGAAGAGCAACAGCGACGAGCAGGUAGAGCAGGGCCGCAAGCAGAACCAGGAGCAGGACGACAAGACGACCGGCGAUCUGGUGGUCAUCGCCUUGGGCAACGUGAUCGGGGACUUCGAGCAGUUCGUCACCCUGAAUGUGGAGCGCAUUGGUGAGAUCAUUGGCGAGCGCCUGGUCGAGCUGACCAACGAGGUGAACGUGCCCCAGGAGAUCAUCCAUCUGAUCGGCCAAGGACCCGCCGCCCAUGUCGCCGGCAUCGCUGGCCGCCACUACACCCGCCAGACCGGCCACAAGCUGCGCCGCAUCACUGGCCUGGACCCCGCCCGCCUGUACGCCCAGCCCGACAACAAGCUGACCGGCUUGGCCCGCGGCGAUGCCGACUUCGUUGAUGCCAUCCACACCUCCGCCUACGGCAUGGGCACCCCGCAGCGCCUCGCCGAUGUCGACUUCUAUCCCAAUGGCCCGGCUACCGGUGUUCCCGGCGCCGACAACGUCGUAGAGGCCUCUCUGCGCGCCACCCGCUACUACGCCGAGUCCGUGCGCCCCGGCAACGAGCGCAACUUCCCCGCUGUCGCCGCCAGCUCCUACAGGGAGUACAAGCAGAACAACGGCUAUGGCAAGCGCGCCUACAUGGGCAUCGCCACCAGCUACGACAUCCGCGGCGACUACAUGCUGCAGGUGAACUCGAGGAGUCCCUUCGGCCGCAACACCCCCGCCCAGACACAGAGUGGCUACCACGCCUACCACCAGAGCUGGAAGCAGCAGCAGCAGCAGAAGAGCUUCGUCUAAGCGAUCUCCCCACCCCCCCACGAACCAUUAAGCAAUCCAUCAAUAACUCGAAAAGAACGACAAUGCAUUUUCCUUCCACAUUGAUUGCCUAGUUUACGCUUAGUUUUCAAAUACAAAUUUUUGCAUCUUU